AUGCAUUUAUCAAAAAGAAAUAUUCAGGCCAUGAAAAUACUCUUCUCCUCCUGGAACAUAGUCCUGUUGAUAGCAGGAAUCAUCGUAGAUGAAUGGGUUGAAUUGACUUCAGAAGAAAAAAGUACCAAGAUGAGCCACAGUCCAUGGAUGGUGUGUUGCACUAAGGUUUGGCCAGAAGAUGGCCUGGAGAUCAUCAGGAUUAUGAUGAUUUUGAUCCUCAACCUCCCCUUCAUCCUUAACUUGACUUUCGGUUUGGAAUCCACCUACAUAAUUCCGCAAAAUAGAUACAUCCACCUCAUCACUGCCAGCCUCAGUUUCCUCUCAGGUAUCCUUCUGUUUUGUGUACUCCUACUGUACUACCUGAAGCUGAGGCAAGGUCAAUCCCUGUACCUCUUUAGUUACAGAAUCAGCUGGAUCAGUUUCACUGGCCACAUAAACAUUUUCUUUCUUUUUGUUUGUGGAAUCCUCUCUCUCCUACAGUACGAGCAGUCCCAUAGCUGUUCCUGCUUGGACACUCAUCAAUCUGGCAUAAAAUGUAAGGAAUCUGGGAGUUCCAUAAAAGUUAUUUCGCUACCAGAAUGCACUGCAAGGCCUAGUGGCAUUGUCCAUGAGCACUCCGAGGAUUCAAACGAAGAUGUUCCCAACAAAGCACAAAUUCAAACACGUCGUGUAACCUGGGCUCUGUGA